AUGUUCCUAGGAUUGUAUAAACUGGAGAAAAGUAAAAAAUGCAAAAUAAGGGACAGGAUAAACACUGAGGGGAUAACAUGGAAAUGGAAAUCGAGCCCAUCAUCUAACUCUGAAGCACGUGAAUUUGAUGAAUUGGCUCUCAAAGUGGAAUCAUUCCUACUAAACACCCACCCAGACAUGUGGGUUUGUAACGUCUCUGGGGACGGGGUGUACCACGUUAAUGUGGUAAGGGAACAAAUUGAUAUGGAGAGCUCGACGACGCACCUGCACCUCACUCACUCUCACUUGUUCCUCCCUUCUUACAAACUCAUCUUAACUGCCGCUCCAGAACCUCACCUUUGCCAAUUCGGCGUCCGUCACCGCCGCUGCCUCCUCGUCACAGAUUGUGCUUCAUCACCGAAGGAAACAAGAGUUGCCAGUAGGAAACCGGCAAUCUCUUCAACGAUUUACGGGAAUUUAUGUCCGAUGCUAGGUUUCCUGAUGGACAUGCAAGAUCUUGCGAACCUUGUGAGAAGAAGAGUAUACAAACUUAUUAAAGAGCUUCUUGCAGCCUCACAAGAGGUUAAAGUCAAUGAUUUUAAUGUAGAUGAGAGCUUGACUGAUAAUAAGGAAAAUACCAAUACUGAAGAAGAUGAAACAACAGAUUUAGAUGAGAAUAGAACAAAGUUGGCUGAAGCUGUGUUGUUGUCGAAUGAAGAGACUUCCACUAAACCAUCUUUGUAGGAAAAGGUGAUGAAAUUUAUUCAGAGUGGAGAACUUGAAGCAUUUGAAGACUCUACCAAUUUAGCAAAUGGUAGUGUUUUGUAACCCCAACUUGUACAUUCAACAUCUUAGUUGAGGCUUUCAUUGUCAUUUUUUUUCCUUUUUAGUGGGUCCUAUUUCAAUUUCUUAAUUCGUAUUCUUUGUAGAAAUACUUUUACA